GGAGGCAGAGGGUGGGGAGUCCCAGGGAGGCAGGAGGGAGGCCUUCCUGUGACCUCCCGGUCAGCUGCAGGGGCAGGGGCAUUAGUCUCAGAAUCUUGUGCCAUGAUUCCAGGAUCUCGGAAUCACAGAAUCGCAGGCUGUCAGGGCUGGAGGGAGCCAGAUGCGUCAUGUCGUUGGCUUUCCCAGCUCACGUGGCAGCUCUCCUGAGCUCCCCCUCCAUACCCGGCACUGUGCUUGGCACGCCUCCAUUUAAUCUCUGCAAACAACCCUGGGAAGUGGGUCCGCUUGUCUUCCAUAUGAUGAAACUGAGGUCCAGGGGGAUAAGUGACUUGCCCGAAGUCAUACGACGAAACUGAGGUGCAGGGGGGAGAAGUGACUUGCCCGAGGUCACACAGCAAUUUGGCGUCAUUGCUGUGCAACAGAGCCCAAGCCCCCAACCCUAGGCCUGUGGGGUGUGCUCCUGGGAUAAGGCCCCAGGCCUGGGGUGCGAGUGAGUCAGUUGGCGCUGACAAACAUAAGCCAGGUCUCUUUGGGGAGAAGGCCCAAGGGUGUAGAGGACAAUCAGAAAGCCAGGAGCCAUCGCCCUGCACUCUUCAGGACUGUCAUGGCCUUUGAUUCUUCUCAGCCUGAGGCCUUCAGAGGAGCCAAGUGGGGCCAGGAGGUACUGAUGGUUUAGAAGUAGACAGAACUGAGUUCGAAUUCUGGCUUCCCACUCUCCAGCUGGGUGACCCUGUGCAGCUUACUUAACCUCUCUGAGCCUCAACUUCUUCCUCUCUAAAAACUCUCCCUCUUGGGCUUCUUGAGGAUCUCGUGAUGUGAGUCUGAGGCUUCCAUCUGGGGACAGUGUCCCACCUUGGAGCUCUCCUUGCUGAACUGCUUGGCUGUUCACAUUUAUGGCUGGGUGAUGUCCUAGGUUCUGGGGUUAAGAAAUCAAUCAAUCAGGGCCCCUGCAUUCAAGAGCCAGUGUUCUAGCAAGUGAGAGAUGGGCAAAUGGAGAAUGAUUGGGGUGCCUGGCCUCCCUGAAUUAUUAGGGCUGUGGGGCUCAAGGCAGCCACUCACCCUCUCUGUGCUGUCUCCUCCUGAACAGUCCUCCGAGGAGUCCGCCCCCAGCUUUCAGGCAAGCUUGUGCCAAAGAUAAACCAGACAGGGAGGAAAAGUCCCUCCUUCCCAAGGAUGAACUAGAUCAUGCACAGGAUUCCAGCUCUUUAAAGAAAAGACGGCACCUCAAUUGCAGGCAAAUAGCUGACUGCUGAGCAACCUCCCCUCAGCCAUGGACACGCUUCCUCCAUCAUCAUCGGUGUCCACGACCUCAGAACCCGAGAAUGCCUCCUUGGCCUGGCCCCCAGAUGCCACCCUGGGCAAUGUGUCAGCGGCCCCAAGCCCAGCAGGGCUGGCUGUCAGUGGCGUUCUGAUCCCCCUGGUCUACCUGGUGGUGUGCGUGGUGGGCCUGCUGGGUAACUCUCUGGUCAUCUAUGUGGUCCUGCGGCACACGGCCAGCCCUUCAGUCACCAACGUCUACAUCCUCAACCUGGCACUGGCUGACGAGCUCUUCAUGCUGGGCCUGCCCUUCCUGGCCGCCCAGAACGCCCUGUCCUACUGGCCCUUCGGCUCCCUCAUGUGCCGCCUGGUCAUGGCAGUGGAUGGCAUCAACCAGUUCACCAGCAUCUUCUGCCUGACCGUCAUGAGCGUGGACCGCUACCUGGCCGUGGUACAUCCCACCCGCUCGGCCCGCUGGCGCACGGCUCCGGUGGCCCGCAUGGUCAGCGCGGCCGUGUGGGUGGCCUCAGCCGUGGUGGUGCUGCCCGUGGUGGUCUUCUCAGGAGUGCCCCGCGGCAUGAGCACCUGCCACAUGCAGUGGCCCGAGCCGGCAGCAGCCUGGCGAGCUGGCUUCAUCAUCUACACGGCUGCACUGGGCUUCUUCGGACCGCUGCUGGUCAUCUGCCUCUGCUACCUACUCAUCGUGGUGAAGGUGCGCUCAGCCGGGCGCCGGGUGUGGGCGCCCUCGUGCCAGCGGCGACGCUCUGAGCGCAGGGUCACGCGCAUGGUGGUGGCCGUGGUGGCGCUCUUCGUGCUCUGCUGGAUGCCCUUCUACGUGCUCAACAUCGUCAACGUGGUGUGCCCACUGCCCGAGGAGCCUGCCUUCUUCGGGCUCUACUUCCUGGUGGUGGCACUGCCCUACGCCAACAGCUGUGCCAACCCCAUCCUUUAUGGCUUCCUCUCCUACCGCUUCAAGCAGGGCUUCCGCAGGGUCCUGCUGCGGCCCUCCCGCCGCGUGUGCAGCCAGGAGCCCACUGUGGGGCCCCCGGAGAAGACUGAGGAAGAGGAUGAGGAGGAGGAGGAUGGGGAGGAGAGCAGGGAGGGGGGCAAGAAGAAGGAGAUGAACGGCCGGGUCAGCCAGAUCACACAGCCUGGCACCAGUGGACAGCAGCGGCCACCCAGCAGAGUGGCCAGCAAGGAGCAGCAGCUCCUACCCCAAGAGGCCUCCACUGGGGAGAAGUCCAGCACCAUGCGCAUCAGCUACCUGUAGGGGCCUGGGGAAAGCUGGGGUGGCCCGAGGAAGGGGCAGAAGCCGUGGGUGUGCCUAGGGUGUACUUCCCAAGGUGCCACAGGCCCAUGAUAGGAUGUUGAAGGGCCUGGGCUUUGAUGCUGUUGCUGCCAGGACUUGCUGUGUGACCUCGGGUAGGUUGCUUCCAGUCUCUGGGACUUGUUUUCUCCUCUGUGACUCAGGGAUAGGAGUCAUCAGCCUGGAUGAUCUAUGUCAGAUGAGAGGUUUGGAGGGCACUACUGCUGGGCUGACCUUGCUGAGCGAGCAAAAGGUGGGUGCAGACUGGCCUCCCCCCAGGGCUGGAGUGUGUGGGGGCAUCAACCUGAAUCUUGACCCUCAGAGGGACAAACCAAGGCCAGGAUUUCUUGGGCUCAGAGUCAGGGACACAGGAACUGCUGGGGGCUGGGCUGGAAACCUAAACAGAAGAAAGCCUAACCUGGUGGGAGGUGUGGCGCAGAAAUGAUCAGGCCCCAGAUCAGCUCCCUCCUCUCGACUGUGAGGCCUUGGACCAGCUCUGCUCCUCUCUAGGCCUCAGGCUUCACCCGGGGAAACCCCAACAACCUCCAUGCCCUUCUGGCCCAGGCAGUCAAUGCUGGAGGUCCUGUGCUCCUGGGCGCGGAGAGAACAGGUGAAUUUCCCAGGAAGCGAGUGAGGGCCAGCUUCAGGGUCUCUCACUGCCUGGGCUCUUUCAAGGCCCUGCAUCUACUUUUGUACUUGUCAUUUUGUAUUCGUUUUCUUAAAGAGGGACCUCAAACUGCAUAAGCUUAGGCCACCCAAAGCCUGGCUCCACCCCUGCUGAGGUCAGCCACUGAAUCCCCAAGGAAGCUCACGUUGGGUCUUGUGGCUGGAGUAGGGGCUCCCAGGGGUUCCCAGGUCUUUGAGGGCUUCCAGGCACCUCCUCGUAGGAGAGGCCAUUCCUGUUUCUCUCCUUGUGACCCAUAUUCUCCCCUCCUGGAGACUGAGGCAGAGACCCAGCCCAUGGGGACUGGCAUGGAAAGGCACAGUGUCUGCUGAAGAAUGCUGAGAGGAGAAGGAAGAGGAAGGGAGAAGAGGAAGAGGAAGAAGAAGGAAGAGGAAGACAAGGGGGAAAGGGGAGGAUGAGUGGGGGAAGGAGAAGCACAGAUCUGUUUCCUGGAGCCGUCUUUGGCCUCCCUGGGCUGAGCUCAGUGGUAGCAUCUGUGAACCUGAGUUGCCGACAACAGCCCCACCCAACCAGUACUGAGGGAAGGACACGAUCAGGGUGGAACAGUCAGGGUGCAAUGGCAAAUGCACAGAGUACAGACGGGCACAGGGCCUGCCUCCCUGAGGGGCCUGAGAGUGCUGCCAAGAAGGGCUCAGGUCUUAAUAAAGCCCUAGGGUGAAGCUGGCUACCAGGGACAUCGGGAGGACCGGGGAGCCCCUGGUGGGUGGGGAGCAGGCCUCCCCAUGCUCUACCAUCCUGGAGACUACAGGUCGAGAGGCCCAGGAAAGACAAGAAGAGGUUGAAGUGGGACUGUGGAGGGGGGACCACGGGGAGCAGCCACUAUCCAAGGCUGGGCCUAGACUCUGUCCCAGAGAUGGUCCCUCAGAGCUGUGGUGAGGCUGGCCCUGGGAGGGUGGGACCCCCGGUGAAAUCCCUCCACUUCCCCACCCCUUGCAGAGGGCAGGGGUCCUCAGGGAAAGCACAGGAACCAGAUUUUGGAGACUUGGAUCUUCAGCACACCUCAGGGUCCUGGGCUGGCAUGGGCCUUCUGGGCCUCAAUUUCCCCAUCAACAAAUGGAGAUGAAUCACAGCUUAGCUGCCUCCUGGGAUCUAACAAGAAAAUGAGUCAUGUGAGGUAACUUCGAGGCUCACUGCAACGGGUAGGGUGGGGUGUAUCAGAUUAUAAAGUGGGAGUACCCUCCUCACCCCCAGGCUUGGCCUAUACCCCCCUCUCCUUCAUCAAGUGGCCGGUCUGUGUCUGUCCUUUGGGGUGGUGACACUGUAGGCCAUGAGAAAUGGGCAGUCUGGGGGUCAGAGGCCAAGGGUCAGGGAGGCAGGACUUGGGGAGAGAGUGAGACCCUCAGAGGAGAAGGAAGUUUAUAAAACCACAUUUUGUGUGGAGAUGGAGGCUGGAGGCCCAGCCCUGGGACUUGGUCUGGGGUUCCUUGAGGAAGAUCUGAGGGUCUGAGAGAGGAAGGAUGCCCUGGCCUUCUGGCCUUCUCUGGCUGAUCCUGCCUUCUUGCUGCCUAAGACAGGAGAGCAAUGUCCUCGAAGGUUCCCCGGGAGGCCAGUUAGGAAACCCUUUGCUGCUUCUGUCUCUAGCUCUUGUCAAUAAAGAUGGUGACAUCUGAUAACA